GGGUCUUCCAGGAGCGCGCAUUCGCGGGCGGGUGGCCACAGGCUGCCAGACUGGCAUCAGCUGAACUUGCCGAUCAUUGUCCGUGGGCUUUUGCCCGGCCGCCUCCGCCCAUAAGCUACUAGGAGGAGCUUUACCACUUCCCGGCCUGCUGGAAGUGCCGGGCACGAUCGCGAGGUAGCGCAGAAGCUCCUCAAUGGCCAGCGCCAGCUGCAGCCCUGGCGGCGCAUUGGCCUCACCUGAGCCUGGGAGGAAAAUUCUUCCAAGGAUGAUCUCCCACUCAGAGCUAAGGAAGCUUUCCUACUCAGCAAAUGCUGUAUGUUUUGAUGUUGACAGCAUGGUCAUCAGAGAAGAAGGAAUUGGUGAGCUAGCCAAAAUCUGUGGUGUAGAAGAUGUGGUGUCAGAAAUGACAUGGCGAGCCAUGGGCGGGGCAGUGCCUUUCAAAUCUGCUCUCACGGAGCGCUUAGCCCUCAUCCAGCCCUCCAGGGAGCAGGUGCAGAGACUCAUAGCAGAGCACCCCCCACACCUGACCCCCGGCAUAAGGGAACUGGUAAGUCGCCUACAGGAGCGAAAUGUUCAGCUUUUCCUAAUAUCUGGUGGCUUUAGGAGUAUUGUAGAGCAUGUUGCUUCAAAGCUCAAUAUCCCAGGAACCAAUGUAUUUGCCAAUAGGCUGAAAUUCUAUAUUAAGAUGUUAAUUGUAACAUGUUCCCUUUCUUAG